AUGGAUGAAUCUGUCCGCAAUUCGAUUAAUUCCCGGCCCGUUAAACGGAGACGACAUGAUACGCCGGUGGACAAAGACGAGACAGAUAGCACUAGUAGUCGUGCGGAAAGUCCACCUUUGCUAGGUGAAGCAUCGUCUUCGCAUGGUGUAGUGGCACCGAAAGCUACAGCGGCCGAAGGGAAGAAGAACGCUUUCACGGAACUAAUGUCCAAGAAGCCCAAACCUAACCCACCGGCGCCAAAGACACAGCGGCCCAGUCCGAAUCCAUAUUUCCUAAACUCUGACCCUCGCGCCGGUCUUGCCGUCUACCUAGCUGAUCCAGCAUCUGUUCCUUCAAAAUCAAUGCUCUUCUAUAACGACGAUUUCGUAGUAAUAAAAGACGCAUUUCCCAAAGCAACCGUUCACGCUCUGAUUCUCCCUCGAGAUAUUUCAAUAACCCAUCUCCAACCUCUUGAACUACUAAAUUCAAACCCGGAAUUACUCGCUUCUAUUCGCAAAAUUGCACUCCAAACUCGUGACCUCUUGGCCAAGGAACUCUGUCGAAUUCAUCUGAAAACCUCAGUUCUAGAACAAACUCGUCAAAAGGCCUUUGAAGAACUUGAAGAACGAGCGAUCUCCGAACCAGGUUUUGAUCCUGACUCCGAAGAAUCGCAGGCACUAUUACCCCCCGGUAGGAAUUGGGCAUCAUGCAUCAAAAUCGGUGUUCACGCCCGCCCGUCAAUGUCAAAUCUUCAUAUCCACGUAAUCUCGGAAGAUAUGCAUUCUGAACGAGUCAAGAAAAAGAACCAUUUUAACUCUUUUAACUCGGGAUUUUUUGUGAACUUGGACGAGUUCCCGCUUGAUAAGGAUGAUGAAAGGAUUCCGGGAGUAGGGCAUGUGACGAAUGGAAUGCUCAAGGGAGAUAUGGUCUGCUGGAGAUGUAAAAAGAAUUUUAAGAAUCAUUUUAAGGAAUUAAAGGACCAUUUAGAGGUUGAGUACGAGGCAUGGAAGAUGAUAUGA